AUGGCCGGUCUCAACGCCCUCCCAACGCAUCGCAUCCACAGCACUACCCGCCUCUCUCACCGCGAAGCACAUAGCUUCCUCACCGGCUUCCUCGAGCGCGCAGACAUCGACGCCGCAUACCGGCCGGACUCGACGUUGACGGAGCGCGGCCCGCAGGCGGUGUCGACCGGCGCCAGCCCCAACUUGACCCUGCACCACCUCAAGCGCAUCCUGUUGGGCAUGGAAGGGAAGCGAGUCGGAGGUGAUUUGGCUGGGGUCGGGGCCACUGACGAUGGGGCGGAACCCGAGAACGAGAACGAGAACGAGAACACUACAGCCACUACCACAGCUGCCACAGCUACCGCAGCUACACGCAACAAGCGAGGCCUAGAACCUACUGCACGAGACGACGGAGGCGCAGCAGCGAAAAAGUCCAAACGCAAAAUUUCCAAUCUGGCCGCCGAGGAGGGCGAGGACGCAGACGCUGACGCAGAUGCUGGGCCUGCCGCUGCCGUGAUGGCUGGCUCUGACGCCGAUGCCGAGGGCUGGCAGGACAAAGACUCGUUCGCCCUCACUCAGACCGCGGAUAACUUGGAGGCCACGGCCGAGGAUCGCCAUCCCGGCGCAGACCUCGAGCAGCCGGCCGAUCAGGCCGAAGAGGAGGAGAUGAUGCACGUCGAGGUCCAAGGGUCGGCCAAGAAGGCCAAACUGUCCCAACAAGACAAAGACGAGAGAAGGAGACUCAAGAAACUGCGCAACAAAGAAGAGAAGGCCCAAAAAGCAGAGAAGGCUAAGAAAAAGAGCAAGAGCAAGAGUAAGGAGUGA